AUGAAGAAGCAGAAGCUCGUUUGCGUUGGGGCAUGUUAUGUCGAUACUAUCCUCGACGUACCUCAAUACCCGGGCGAGGAUUCUAAAUUACGUGCCACCAAUUUACAAGUCCGUCGUGGUGGCAAUUGUCCAAAUACGCUUGAAGUGCUUCAGCAACUCCUAAGGGAAUGGGAUGAUGGCGGUCGAGACAUCAAACCUUACCUGAUAUCAUGCUUGCCUAGUGCCGACACACCUGCGACGGCAACCAUAGUGGACUCCUUUGGUCCGAAAAGCCUCGUCGAUUUCACAAGGUGCAUAUUCCGCGAGGAUCAACAGCAACCGGCUAGUAGCUACAUCAUACGUAGCGAAGCCACCGGGAGCCGCACCCUCGUCAAUUACAACGACUUACCUGAGAUGACGAUCGGCGAGUUCGUCGCCGCUGCCGAAGAGCUCGGCGACGAUACCUGGUUCCACUUCGAGGGACGGAUACCUGAAACUACGUUGCAGUGCAUUCGGCAUCUAAGGCGGUCGUUCCCCAAUACAAGAGUAAGCGUCGAAGUCGAAAAACCGGGCCGAGAGGGAUUAGAAGACCUGGCGGCUGAAGCGGACGUUGUGUUCUAUUCGCGGACCUGGGCUGAAAGUAAGCGGUACGGUAGUGCUCAGCAAUGCCUAAGUGCCCAAUCGGGCGUGGCCCGUAAAGCGAGUCUCCUCUGCUGUACGUGGGGAUCGGACGGUGCAUCGUGUCUAUCACUUCCCAGUGAGAAGGCCGUGUCUUGCCCGGCUAUCUUGCCUGGGCAAACCAUUUCCGUAGUGGACACCGUAGGAGCAGGUGACACCUUCAUUGCCGGUAUGUUGUUCGGGCUGCUGUGCCACCACGAGGACUGGGACACCGAGAAGAAAGUCCAGUUUGCUGUGCAGCUGGCUACGCGCAAGGUGCAACGAGACGGGUUCGGCGGCCUUGGAUCCUUGGGGUUGGGGUUGGGAUUGGGGUUGGAGUUGGAGCGCCAGGAAGUGGCGUCGUCACAAUGA